AAACCUCGUGCACCCCGCCUUCACAAGCAGCACUCAGCAAACUAUACACAUAACCCGUCCUUCACCAUGUCGGUCCAUCCUUCGCGCCAGGCCUAUGUGGAAGAAGACACAAACGAUGUCUCCAUGGACGGCAUUGAUUAUGCCAACGUGCCUCUCGACCGCGAUUACACGAUGCCCUCCAGCGUCCCCGGUCAGGGCAACGAAAAGGCUUCCGAAGUUCUCUCGCAGUUUGACAAGAAGCGCCGCGCCGCCCAAAUCCUCGUCCCCACCGCUGAACGCGACAUCAAAGCUCAAUUGCGCGCACGCGGCGAACCCAUCACCCUUUUCGGAGAAGGCCCUUCGGAACGGCGAGAUCGAUUGCGCGCACUCUUGUUCGAUCAGCAGGAAGCCGGUGAUGACGAUGUCGACGUUGUCAUGCAGGAGUCUGGCGAGCCUACUGGGGAAGCUGAGGAAGAGUUUUUCACGGCAGGAACCGACCAUCUGUUGGAAGCCCGCAAGGACAUUGCAAGAUACUCGCUGCCGCGCGCAAAGGACCGCGUCGCUUUCCAAAGGCGCGAAGCUACCAUACCCCUCAAAACACAUAUCGAAUUCCGCAACAAGAUCAAGGACCGGUUAAAAGGUUUCGAGCUCUAUGGAUCACAGACUUCCGACCGCCCUGUUAGCAUCGUACGAUUCUCGCCCAGUGGCCAGUAUGUCGCGUACGGACACUGGGGUGGUCACAUCCGGCUGCUCGAAGUCCCCAGUUUGGAACAGAAGAAGGCAUAUCGGGGCGGACACACAGAGCGCGCGACGGGUAUUGACUGGGUGCCGGGCGCCACGCUUCCGGGCACGACUGUCUCUCCAGAGAGCGUCAAUCUCGCAUCUGGUGGUGCAGGAGGAAAGGUGCAACUAUGGUCUCUGGAACACGAUAAGCCGUUACAGACACUGGAAGGUCACACCGAACGCGUAUGUAGGGUCGCCUUUCACCCAUCCGGUCGAUACCUCGCCUCCGCUUCUGAUGACACCACGUGGCGCCUAUGGGACGUCAACACCGGUCAGGAACUGCUCGCGCAAGAGGGUCAUUCAAAGGAAGUUUUUGCAGUCAACUUCAACGCAGAUGGCUCCUUACUAGCAAGCGGAGGAUUAGACAGCGUCGGUCGCGUCUGGGACAUACGCAGUGGGCGCGUCAUCUUCCUGCUCGAAAGCCACAUCAAGCCCAUCUACGGCAUCGACUGGAGUACAGACGGCCACCGCCUCCUCACCGGCUCCGGCGACGGCUUCAUGAAAUGCUGGGACGUACGCGCCAUGCGGGAAUCCAACUCCAUCGCAGCCAACACGGGCGGCGUCACAGAUUUGCGCUGGUUCAGAGGCACCGACGGUCCCGCCAGCGGCAUCCCUCUCCAAUCCACUCCGGACGGCGAGGUCGUCCCCAAAAAGGCAUCUACCUUUGUCAUCUCCUCUGGCUUCGAUAAAAAUAUCCAAGUCUUCUCGGCGGAUGACUGGGCCCACACCGCAACGCUGCAGGGUCACUCGCAGGCCGUUCACAGCACCGAUGUCACCUCCGAUGCGAGGUACAUUGUCAGCGGCGGCAAAGACCGCACCGUCAAGCUUUGGGCCAGGGACGAUCAGCAAGGAAUAUAG